GGGGCGGGAACAGCCAGCUGCCUGCCGGGAGCCAAAACGAAAGCACUCUGGCUGGGUCUGGGACGGCAUUCAGGACUCCCAGGAGAGGGAGUGCUCAAGCCCGCACUGGGACCCCAGGCUGAGGAGGGAUUCCAGCCCCUCCUGGGGCUGAGUGGGAAUAAAGGUACCGUGUCUGCCCCCCCCUCUGGGGGGGGGCAGGACAGGGCCUUGGGCCUUGGUGCCUUCUGGCACCUGGAAGAUGCCUGUGCCCUGGUUCCUGCUGUCUUUGGCACUGGGCCGAAGCCCCAUGGUCCUCUCUUUGGAGAGGCUUGUGGGGCCUCAGGAUACUGCUCGCUGCUCUCCGGGCCUUUCCUGCCACCUCUGGGAUGGUGACGUGCUCUGCCUACCUGGGAGCAUCGUGUCUGCCCCAGGCCCUGUGCUGGUGCCCACACGCCUGCAGACAGAGCUGGUGCUGAGGUGCUACCAGGAGACUGACUGUGACCUCUGUGUGCGAGUGGCCAUCCACUUGGCUGUGCAUGGGCACUGGGAAGAGCCUAAAGGUGAGGAAAAGUUUGGAGGAGCAGCUGAUCCAGAGCUUGAGGAGUCUAGAAACGCCUUUCUCCAGGCCCAAGUCGUGCUCUCCUUCCAGGCCUACCCCACCGCCCGCUGCGUCCUACUGGAGGUGCAAGUGCCUGCUGCCCUUGUGCAGCCUGGUCAGUCUGUGGGUUCUGUAGUAUUUGACUGCUUCGAGGCUGCUCUGGGGGCUGAGGUGCGAAUCUGGUCCUACACUCAGCCCAGGUACCAGAAGGAACUCAACCUCACCCAGCAUUUGCCUGACUGCAAGGGGCUGGAAGUCCGGGACAGCAUCCAGAGCUGCUGGGCCCUGCCCUGGCUCAAUGUGUCUGCCGAUGGUGAUGAUGUGCACCUGGUGCUGGACGUCUCUGAGGAUCAGCGCUUUGGCCUCUCGCUGUACUGGAACCAGGUCCAGGGUCCUACAAAACCCUGGUGGCACAGAAACCUGACUGGGCCACAAACCAUUACCUUGAACCAUACAGAUCUAUUUCCCUGCCUUUGUAUUCAGUUUCUUUUCCAGGUGUGGCCGCUAGAGCCCGACUCUGUCAGGACAAGCAUCUGCCCCUUUAGGGAAGACCCCCGGGCACAUCGGAACCUCUGGCGUGCAGCCCGGCUGCAGCUGCUGCCCCCGAGGGGCUGGCGGCUAGAUGCACCCUGCUCGCUGCCUGCUGAGGCCACUCUUUGUUGGCAGGCACCAGGCGGGGGCCCCUGCCAGUCGCUGGUCCCGCCACUGCCACCAGCAAAUGUCACUGUAAACAAGGCACUUGAAUUGCCAUUGCUGAAUGUCCACCCCAACCUCUGUGUCCAGGUGAGCAGCUGGGAGAAGCUGCAGCUGCAAGAGUGCUUGUGGGUUGACUCCCUUGGGCCCCUCAAGGAUGAUAUGCUGUUGGUGGAGACACGAGACCCCCACAACAACAGAUCACUCUGUGCCUUGGAACCCAGUGGCUGCACCCCACUACUUAGCAGGGCCUCCACGAGGGCAGCUCGCCUUGGAGAGCAAUUACUACAAGAUCUGCAGUCAGGCCAGUGUCUGCAGCUGUGGGAUGAUGACCUGAGGGCACUGUGGGCCUGCCCCAUGGACAAGUACGUUCACCAGCGCUGGGCUCUGGUGUGGCUGGCCUGCCUACUCUUUGUCGCUGUGCUUUUCCUUCUCUUCCUUUUCAGAAAGGACCAAGUGAAAGGGUGGCUGAGGCUCUUGAAGGAGGACAUCCGCGCGGGGCCUGCCACCCGGGGCCGCGCGGCUCUGCUCCUCUACUCGGCGGAGGACUCUGGCUUCGAGCGCUUAGUGAGCGCCCUGGCGUCGGCGCUGUGCCAGCUGCCGUUGCGCGUGGCCGUGGACCUGUGGAGCCGUCGUGAACUGAGCGCGCAGGGACCCCUGGCCUGGUUCCACGCGCAGAGGCGCCAGACCCUUCAGGAGGGCGGCGUGGUGGUGCUGCUCUUCUCACCUGGGGCCGUGGUGCUGUGCCGGGAGUGGCUGCAGGACGGGGCUUCGACUCCCGCCCCGCAGGGCCCGCACGACGCCUUUGCCGCCUCGCUCAGCUGCGUGCUGCCUGACUUCCUGCAGGGCCGGGCGCCUGGCCGCUACGUCGGGGCCUACUUCGACGGACUGCUCCACUCAGAUGCCGUGCCUGCCCUUUUCCGCAGCGUGCCGGUCUUCUCCCUGCCCUCCCAGCUGCCCGGCUUCCUGGGGACCCUGCAGGAACCCGGCGACCCCAGCCCGGGGCUGCUGAGAGAGAGGGCGAGGCUAGUGUCUCAGGCCCUGCAGCCUGCCCUGGACCAGCUGCUUAAGGCUCCCGGGGAUCCCGGGGACCCUGAGGACGGGACGAGGGAUGGCACGUGAGGCAGGGGAGACAACUUGAAUAAAGGCAGACGCUAUUUUUCUA